CCAGCUAUGCUAUGAAUAGAGUGAAGGUGGUUGGGGCAAUUGGCAUGCACAGUUGGGGCGCGCCCACUCCAUGAGCAUGACCCCCUCCUCCAACCUCCCCUAGAUAGAAAGCCGCUGCCCCCCGUCCGGACGACGAGCCUGCAGGCUGAUGGUCGGCCGGGCAUGGACGCUCUCCUCCUCCUCUUCCUGCUCAAAAUGGAGGCUUUCCACAUACAAUUCUCUCCUAGCCCCUGAAUAUAUCAGCUAGGUUGGUAGAUUGCUGCUGGUGGAUAGGUACGUGCGUUUUGUAGGCAUUAGGCGGCAGGCGGGUGCUGUGUUGUUGUCGUGGUACAGAUCACGUGGUGGUGGCGGUGGAUGGGCCUCAUGGCCGGGAUGCUCCCUGGCGUCGAGUUCGCGAGGAGGCGACGGCUCCGGCCGGCGCCGGAGGCCCCGUGCGCCGGCGCGCGGCGGCCGGCGUUGAUGGGCGUGUUCGGGCAUGACCACGCCCACCUCGGCUCGGCAGGUUUUGCGAAGCAGAGGAGCGGCGUGUGCGAGGAGGCGUGGGCGACGCAGCUGGACAGCAUCGCCCGGGAGGCCAAGGAGAGGCUGGAUCACAAGCUCAGGAGCCAGAGAGAAUCUGUGGUCAAGAGGCGCCACAGCACGGGAAGCCUCCGGCUCCCGGUCCCGUCGAGCACCACCAGCGACCACCCGGCGAAGGACACGGCAGGGGCGGCGAGCACGCUGCAGCGAGAGGUGUUCACGAAGAGAGGCGGCGGCCGGCGGUUCAGCUGGGGCCGGAGGAAGGAGCAGCAGCAGCAGGCGGAGUGCGCGGUGUGCCUGGAGGAGUUCCGGGCGGGGGACGUGCUGGCGCACCUCCCCUGCGCGCACCGCUUCCACUGGGCCUGCGCCGUGCCCUGGGUCCAGGCCGCCUCCCGCUGCCCCUUCUGCCGCGCCGCCGUCCGCCUCGCCGACCACCAGCUUCUCUAGCGUGCGUUAAUGUCUUCCCGGCCGGCGCGGCCGCGUGCGCGGGGCCGGCGGACCAGCUGAUCAUGGCGCCUCGGUGGAGCCGCGUGGCACAGUACAGCAGACACCUGCGCAUGCAUGGGAUCCCUUGUGUCGCGGCCGCGCCCCGCCGGCAAGUUGCGGUGCACUGCUGCUGCUGUGUACGGCGCGCGGGUCGCCGGUGUCGCCUGCGAACCAAGCGUGUGGUGGUGCGCGGGAAGACGUGUCCGGCCAUGUCACCGACGCCGGGAGUUGCUCGCCCGGUGGACCGCACCUAGCCGUGGAUUAUUUUGUUGCUGUUUUUUUUAGGAUCUUGUCGCUGCUUUCUUUGUGAGCGUUGGAUUAAUAAUUUACAACCUAGUUGCACUGUGCUGCGUGCUGUUAUCUGCUCCAUCAUUUCCAAAAUAUUUCACCUGA